AUAGUAAACCGUCCAGACAAGAGAAGAGAAACAGGCUAACAGUGGAGGGCUUGGAACAAGGAUCUAUGCUGGAGGUAGAACGGACAGGACUCAUGAGUGAGGAUUCCUUCCCACUUUCUGGUUCAGGAAACUUAACGGAUAGUGAUGCCAAUAACCUCCAUAAGGAAAGUAAGUUCCCUUAUGGAGUGCUCUAUUCAGAACUCUCCAUUCCCAGCAACAUUCCAUCUACUGGUAUUUUCCUGGGCAGACCAGUUUCCAAAACCGCCACUGUCUCUUCAGCCUCUGCCUUCCAAACGGUCACAAGCUGGCAUCCAGUAGAACAAAGAUGGCGGCCCUUGAGGAGUAGGUCAUGUGACCUCGGGUUUUCCCUGCUUAAGCUGGGCAGUCCAUUUGGGGGCAAAGUUCACGUUCCGCAUACUGGGUGGCAGCCUUUCGAAUAUUGUGAGCCAAUCAACAUCUGAGACUGGAGCACUGCGGUGAGGCAAUGGGAGGAUUGGUCCAGUUCACAUCGCCUACACGGGCCAAUCACGGAGCGUCAGUACUUCGUAGGCCCGCCCAUAGGCGGGGGAGAGAAUGGAAUGUCGUCACAACGUGGCAGUAUUGUUACCUAAAGGCUUGAGGGGAGGUGGGACGUAUUUUGAUUGACAGACAGUUUUCCCCUAUUGGGAUUUGAAAAAUUGGCGAAAUAUCCCGCCUUAGAGGUGGGGUCUUAUUUGAUUGCUAAGUAAUAUUCCCCAAUGGACUACUAGUUCAUGGUGACGGGCAGGCAGCUUAACUAAUGAGUCCUCGCCGUGGCCGGCGCAGCUCUCCAAUCGUCGGGCGGCGGGCCCCAGUCUGAGCGGCGAUGGCGGCGGCGGCGGCGGCGGCAGCAGCAGCGGGGGCUGCGGGCGGUCGGGGCUCCGGGCCGGGGCGGCGGCGCCAUCUUGUGCCCGGGGCCGGUGGGGAGGCCGGGGAGGGGGCCCCGGGGGGCGCAGGGGACUACGGGAACGGCCUGGAGCCUGGGGAACUGGAGCCUGGGGAGCUGCUGCUGGAGCCGGAGCCCGAGCCUGAAGAGGAGCCGCCCCGGCCCCGCGCCCCCCCGGGAGCUCCGGGCCCUGGGCCUGGCUCGGGAGCCCCUGGUAGCCAGGAGGAGGAGGAGGAGCCGGGACUGGUCGAGGGUGACCCGGGGGACGGCGCCAUUGAAGACCCGGAGCUGGAAGCAAUCAAAGCUCGAGUCAGGGAGAUGGAGGAAGAAGCUGAAAAGCUAAAGGAACUGCAGAACGAGGUAGAGAAGCAGAUGAAUAUGAGUCCACCUCCAGGCAAUGCUGGCCCAGUGAUUAUGUCCAUUGAGGAAAAGAUGGAGGCUGAUGCCCGUUCUAUCUAUGUUGGCAAUGUGGACUACGGUGCUACAGCAGAAGAGCUGGAAGCACACUUUCAUGGCUGUGGUUCAGUCAAUCGUGUUACCAUACUCUGUGACAAAUUCAGUGGCCAUCCCAAAGGGUUUGCAUAUAUAGAAUUCUCAGACAAGGAAUCAGUGAGGACCUCCUUGGCCUUAGAUGAGUCUCUUUUUAGAGGAAGACAAAUCAAGGUGAUUCCAAAACGAACCAACAGACCAGGCAUCAGCACAACAGAUCGGGGUUUCCCGCGAGCACGCUACCGUGCACGGACCACCAACUACAACAGUUCCCGUUCUCGAUUCUACAGUGGUUUCAACAGCAGGCCCCGGGGUCGCGUCUACAGGGGCCGGGCUAGAGCGACAUCAUGGUAUUCCCCUUACUAAAAAAA